AAGUCAUGAUUACAUGCACGUGCACGGAAUUUAGAAGGCUUGCAUAACUUCCUAUGAUCAUUUGAUGGACCUAAAGAAAGCUUUUAAAAAUAAAUAAAUACAUACAUACAUACAUACAUACAUACAUACAUACAUAAACAAAUACAUAAACAAAUACAUGAACAAAUAAAUAUAAAUAUAAAACAUGGGUCAACAUGUAAAAAAAAAAAAAAAAAAGUCCUGAAUUAGAACAUGCGCAUUCUAGAGCCACGACGCGCACAUCUGAGGGCGCACAGAACGCAGGGAAAGUUCUCUAACGCAUCAAGUUGUACUAGAACACUGAUCACACACACACACACACACACGCACGCACGCACGCACGCACACACACACACACAUACACACACACACACUCUGCAGGUUUUCUACUGUAGAUGAUGUAGAGGACGCGUUUCAUCGCAAGGCGUUAAUAAAUCUAGGGUAGAAGUGACCAAAACGGAAAAUUUUAAACAAACAGUUUUUUUUUUGAGAGAGAGAGAGAGAGAGAGAGAGAGAGAGAGAGAGAGAGGUUACAUCAGUCACCGAGCUGCAGUCCUGGAAUAAAAAAAAUAUAUCCCUGGCAUGAAGUCACAGCUUAUUUCACAUCCGGUUUUGCCCAGACACACACACGCGCGCACGCACGCACACACACACACACACAGACACUCACAUGCGCGCGCGCACGCACACACUCACACACACGCGCGCACGCACUCAGCAGCAGCAUUCCGCGCUGUCCCGGUGGAGAGGAGCAUCACUGGGCAGCAACACCGCGGCGCUUUUCACCCGCAGCUACACCGUGAUCUUGCGGGGCGAAGAGAGAGACAGAGAGAGAGACAUAGAGAGAGAGUGAGAGAGAGAGAGAGAGAGAGAGAGAGAGAUAUUUCAUCACCGCGUAGACCUUCAUCACCGUCAUCUUUAUCAUCAGCAUCCUCCUCACCCUCCUUCUCUUCAUCAUCAACAGCAAGAGCAACAGCACAAGCGGCUUCUUCUCCUUCUUCUUCUGCUUCUUCUUCUCCUCCUUCUCCUGCUGCCUCGAUGUAAAAACUGCAGCUGAGAUUUUUUGGAGAUUUUUCGCGGCACUGCAGAAGAGAACUCAUUUCAGCUGCGUGCUUGAAGACUUGUUCUUCAGCAAUGAUGUGGGCUCGACUGGGAGCGGCGUGGAUCUGGGCCUGGUUACUGGUGGUCAACGUUCUGGGCAAAAGUCGCAUCCAGAUGGACAAAUCUCUGCCUCUGUUUACGUAUUUAGACCUCUGCUACUCGCCGUGUUUAGUCUCCAAGCACUGCUCAAAUCAGAACGGAUCGGACGAGCAGAAGGACAACACCACCGUCUUCACCCGCAUCCUGGACAGUCUGCUGGACGGCUACGAUAACCGUCUCAGGCCGGGACUUGGUGAGCGCGUGACUGAGGUGAAGACCGACAUCUUCGUGACGAGUAUCGGCCCCGUCUCCGAUCACGACAUGGAAUACACCAUAGACGUGUUCUUCAGACAGAGCUGGAAGGACGAGCGUUUGAAGUUUAAAGGUCCAAUGGCCGUGUUGCGCCUCAACAACCUGAUGGCCAGUAAGAUCUGGACCCCCGACACGUUCUUCCACAAUGGCAAGAAAUCUGUAGCGCACAACAUGACCAUGCCCAAUAAACUGCUGCGCAUCACGGAGGAGGGAACGCUGCUCUACACCAUGAGGUUGACGGUGAGAGCUGAGUGCCCGAUGCACUUGGAGGAUUUCCCCAUGGAUGCUCACGCCUGUCCACUCAAAUUUGGCAGCUAUGCGUACACGCGGGCAGAGGUGGUGUAUGUGUGGACGAGAGGAGCGGCUCAGUCAGUGGUGGUGGCUGAAGACGGAUCUCGGCUGAACCAAUACGACCUGAUGGGACAGACGGUGGACUCAGGAGUCGUCCAGUCCAGCACCGGCGAGUACGUUGUCAUGACGACACACUUCCACCUGAAAAGGAAGAUCGGCUACUUUGUCAUUCAGACGUAUCUGCCAUGCAUCAUGACCGUCAUCCUAUCACAGGUUUCCUUCUGGCUCAACAGAGAAUCGGUUCCUGCUAGAACUGUGUUUGGAGUGACCACUGUUCUGACCAUGACCACUCUGAGUAUCAGUGCUAGAAACUCUCUGCCCAAAGUGGCCUACGCCACCGCUAUGGAUUGGUUCAUCGCCGUCUGCUAUGCCUUCGUGUUCUCCGCCCUCAUCGAAUUCGCCACUGUCAACUAUUUCACAAAGAGGGGCUAUGCCUGGGACGGGAAGAGCGUUGUACCUGAAAAGCAAAAGAAGAAAAAGGAGUCUCUCCUGAAGAAGAACAAUACCUACACAGCUGCCACGGCAACCGCUUUCGCCCCCAACAUCGCCAGAGAUCCAGGAUUAGCAACCAUCGCCAAAAGCGCACCUCCUCCACCAACCGAGCCAAAAGAAGAGCCGAAACCCAAACCGGCUGAGGCAAAGAAAACGUUCAACAGUGUGAGCAAAAUUGACCGGAUCGCCAGAAUAGCGUUUCCUCUACUCUUUGGUACCUUUAACCUGGUCUACUGGGCGACUUAUCUAAAUAAAAAACCCAAAAUUCAAGACGCGCUAACACCUCACUAAUCCUAAAUCUUUCCUUUUCCUUCUUUCUUUCUCCUCUCUUUUCUUUAAACGUCUGUUUCAAAGUAGAACAAAAUAGUGGUCGAGUCGCUAGUCUCUACUCCGCCUCCUGUGUAAUAUAAGCUUCCUUGAUUAAAAAAGAAAAAAAGACAAAGAAGACAGAAAUCUACAAAAUGUGCUAAUUGCGUUGACAUGACGAUUCCACCCUGAUGCUAAUACUAUGCAUCACUUCAUAUGUGUGUGUAUAUACUGUAUAUAAGCAGUAUAUAACUCUACAAUCACACUUACAGGACCUUUUUUUAUUUUCUCAUCACGCCAUCAUGCAUGAGCUGCACUUUUUGUGUUUCCAUGACGACGGUCGAUGCUACCUUCGAGUGUUCUUCCAUUCUCCAUAGUCGAUGUUUUCUAUUUUAAAUAGAUUUUUCGACAUUGCAAGAGCAAUAAAAUAAAACGCGUCUCAGUGGACACACGUUCGCUUUCUUCAUGGAUGUAAAUGCGGAACCGGUUCUUACGUUACUGACAUGAAGCUUAACAUUUUCCUUCAUUUUACUGUAAAUAUUCUAGAAAACGUUAGAGAUGUCAAUCUCCCGUUUGAGCUUUGCUUAACGUACGAGAUACAAGCACUUCUCAGCAGUGAAGAAGAGAGCUGUCGUGUUUUUAUGAAAUGGCACUUUGAGGGAGUUCAUGGGUUCACUUUUGCUAUAUAUAUAAUCUUUUAAAAAUGAUUUAUGCCCAUUACUUACCAAUUAAUCAAGGUUUACCUUUGAGGAAAAUGUAAAUGUACAACAGUUACACAAUUGCUAAAUAUAGAAUGUAAAACUAAACCCGUAUGUCCACACUGUCAAGCGACUCAUAAGACGGUGAAGGGGCGUGUCCUAAAUGGAGGAGUUCUUGUCUUGUACAGAGGAUGCCAAUACUUACGCAAAACGUGAAUUAAAUUCACCUAGCAAAGAAGCUGAUUCGCUGAAGAGGAAAGGACAUGAAAAAAGAUGCACAUUCGUUUAUCGUAGAGUUUACUUUUUAUUUUGCGCAAACGUUAGCUGGUGAACUUGUGAUUUCAUGAGUCUCUGUCAUGUGAGCCAAUAGAAAACAAGUGGGCGGGGCUGUGGUUGCUUUAGAGGAGCCGCUGAUCAUUAAGCAGCAUCACACUGAACUUGUUCAGCUCAUCAUUAAUGUUACUGAAUUAGAUUAAGCACAUACAGGUUUCCAGCUGCAAUGGCAGAUGUGAUGGGCUUCACAGCUUUGGAUCUGUUUUUGUGACAUCACAAAUGCAUGCAAAUCCCCGCCCUCUAUUCGGUUAAAUAUAUAAAUAAUGAGAAAUUCGGUUUUAAACAGAAAAAAAAAAAAACCUAAAUACUGAAGAGGAGUGAAAUACUUAACAGUAUAGGGAAUAAGCCACACCCUCAGGCAACAAAAAAAGAGCAGUUUUUAUAUUUUUAUGAUGCAAACAAAUAUUUUUAAGUGAAAAAAAUUGGUCUCAAAACAGCAUUUAAAGAGAAGUUCUUAAAAAACAAUUGUGACACAGCCACAACCAAUAAACAAACCUUUUUAAAUCAAAAGCAUUUGAAUAGGCUAAUCCAUUAAUAGGCCACACCCACAAGGGUCAAAAAUAGCAGUUGUGACUUUCCCAUGUCUGAAAUCAGCCUUCAAUCUUUUAGAUUAAAAAGCUGAAUAGGCCACGCCCACAAGAAACAAACCUUGUCCCUUGCUAGUGUGAACACAACUUCAGGUUGUUCAGCAAAUUCAUUUAUUUUUUGUGUGUAAUUGAUGUCAAGUAAAAUCGAUCUGCUCGAUGGGCUUGUGCGGAAAUGCAUUUUAUAUUUAAUAUGGAAUUAAUUCUUCUUUCAUUUCCGUGUUUGGUCGUAGAGCCGCAUGCUAAAAGCCCUUGUAUCGUAGAUCAUUCCGGAAUUCUGUUACUUUGCUGCUCGUUGCGCUUCAAACGAACGGAACGCAAAGCAGUGCCUUUUCUCUGCUCCUGGAUUAACGAGGCACUCGCUAGGUUGCGCUCUAAUCUCAGUAUGUUGUGUCUUCAGUUGAAAACUUUGUGAAAACUCAGAAAGCACCAGCUACACUGCCUCUUGCCUCGCACGCUGUUCCAGAACUGGCGUACUUCUGUUCCGCGUCACUAGUUCCAGAACGAGAAGCGCAUUGUGACGCAUCAUAGUUGCCGAUCUGUUUGCUAAUUUCUUUUUCAUUUUUGGAUUUCCUUGUAGCAUGAUGUCAGAUAAUAUUGGUUUGGUGUUGUGCGAUUUCAGAAAAUCACGUUGAUGUAGCAAUAUGAGAAUAGUUAAAGGGCUUUUUCACGAUCGAACACUCGUCAUUCUGGACAUUUGCACGUUUCACAAAUGGACAGGAACUUCACUAUUCAUGGCGAUAUCGCAUCUAAUAAAUACACCAUUUCUGGUUUCUGUUUGCGACAUUACUGCAACACAACACACUCCGCCCUGCAUCCUCAAACCUUUUCAUUUUCCCUGCAUCGAAUCUGAGCGGGUCAUAUGACCAGAUGCUGAAAUGCACUCUGGGAUUUGUAGGAUAUGCAAGCAGACAGGCACUCCAUCAAUCAAACGCUGUAUAAAUAUGAAUAUAUACAUUAUACAGUAUUUAAACAUUUCCAUUUUGGAUGUUUAUCAUCAUGCCUAAAUGACAAUGGUGUGUGGCCUGUAUGGAAAAAUAAAUAAAUAAAUAUAUAUAUAUAAAUAUUAUACAGUAUAUUAUUCUAUACUAUAACACACUGCAUAUAUAAAUACUCCAUGACUUGUUCUACAGAGGAUAAAUAUUGUUUGUACCGACUUAUUGUUAUGCAUUUUGCACAUUAGAGGCAUCAUUUACAUAUUUACAUAUUCACGUAGUGAGCUUUGUGCUAUGCAAGGAUAGCUUUGAAACAUGCUAAUUAGCUUUUUUUCUUCUUAAUAGAGCAAAAAUACUGUACAGGAAAUAAAGAACUCUAUUAUGCUCCUUCUUCAGCUGUGGAUAUUUUAAUUUGCCAGUCAAUUAAAAAAGAUAUAGAAAUAUAAAUAUGACAUUACAUUGAUUAUUUUUGUUCUAUACAGUUUCAGGGUUAGCUUAAA